AUGUUGUGGGCAUACUUUCAGAGGCCCCUGAAUGACGAGGAUGGAUGGAGGGCUGCCAUAGCAGCGCUGCCUGGGCCAAGUGGGUGUGAGGUUAUGCCAGUGUUUCCCAAACAGCAGUCUGUGAAAUCCUUGUUCUCCUUGAAAAAUGAGCUCCAUGAUCAGGUGCCCGGAGGUACAGACCACUUCCCCUCGGCCACCAGCACCUUGGUGCAUUGCAUCUACAAAAUCCCUGUGGAGAGUCUAAGAAGAGGAACAGUUCGGCCAGGGGGUCACGCCGUAGCAGUGGCUUUUAAAGACACUCAGAAGACACCCAUGGAACCAGAGAUGGUGAUUCACCGAAUUAAAAUUACUCUAACCAGCUGCAAUGUAAAAUCUUUGGAGAAGGUAUGUGCUGACUUGAUCAGAGGUGCUAAGGAAAAGAAUCUCAAAGUGAAAGGACCAGCUCUGAUGCCCACCAAGACUCUGAGAAUCACUACAAGAAAAACUCUUCAUGAUGAAGGUUCUAAGACUUGGGAUCAUUUUCAGAUAAGGAUCCACAAGCGACUCAUUGAUUUAUACAGUCCUUCUGAGAUUGGUAAGCAGAUUACUUCCAUCAGUAUUGAGCCAGGAGUUGAGGUUGAAGUCACCCAUGCUGAUGCUUGA